AUGACAUUGAACCAUUACUUGAACGACAAUCUUCAAAAAUGCCGUGAAAAGCGAUUCCAAGAUGCCCUGGCCAAGAAAAAGAAAGCCUUCACAGUUCACUUUACGCAGGGUGAUGAAAAAGUCGUUCGACUUGGUGAUGUCCAUCAUCAGGAUCAUAUGAGCAACUUUGAUCACACUGUUCAAGACAUUCAUGAUAUCUUGGAGUCUUACUUCAAGGUCGCCCGCAAGCGGUUCGUCGAUAAUGUCUGCGUGCAUGCCACAGAUCACUACUUGCUCACAGACACUGAGUCACCCAUGGAGUUCUUCUCCCCUUGGGUGAAUAGUCUAUCCAAAAUCAGCUUGUAG